CUGUACAGAUUUUUAUCCUUAUAAAUAUCAUUGAAUUCUGAGUUAAUACAGAGUCAUAUGCGAGCAAUAGAAUGGAGGGAGAGGGAGUGGAAUCGAGGAGCAAUAGUAGGAAGGAGCAAGAAAGGGAAAGACGGCGUUUACGAGACAGAGAAAGAAGACAAUCUAUGAGCCAAGAUGAGAGGGAAAGGCAUUUGGCACGGCGUCGCAAGAACUACCAGCUGAGAAGGCAGAAAGCUGAGAUAAACCGCCUCGACUCUCAGAUCCAAGCAAUCAGUGGAGGCAGCCAAGCAGCAAUGAUCUCACCGCCUGAUUCUGGAGCCAGCUUGGUUGAGUCUGAUCAGAGUGAGGGUGUGGCAAUACCAGUGGAAGAGCUGGCUAAACUGAUGGGGACUAUACGGCUGACCCGUCUGAAACAUCUGGCGAGGACACUGAACAAGUCCAGCUCUAGUACUGGUGCAGAGUCAAGCAACACAGGAGCAACAGACGCAAAGACAAGAUGUGCCAUGUCAAAUGGGCUACGUCUGAGUCGAGUAAAACGACUGGUGAGAGCAAAGGGCCAGCAAGUGAGAACCUCAGCUUCACUAGAGUUCACAACUUGAAAGAGAACCUCAUGAAUUAUUGUUUGUAAAAGUGAAAGUAUUAUUGUUUUGGAGACACAUCUAAGAAACUGACCAUAUUUGUUUUUAAAUACAAGUGGGAAUACAUCAUAUUCUUCAUUUUUGUUUUCUUGUCACAGCCAUCUCCUAUCCGGCUUUUAUCAUUUGUAGUUCGGAAGAAGAAACGAGAGUGAGAUAUCAUAGCUGAGUGAUCUCUUUUGCUGAACAAGAUAAUAAGUUUGACAAUUCAUA